GAUGCCAGAGCCCACAAAGAAAGAUGAGAUGCCAAACGGCCAGCCAGAAGAUGAUGAUGCUGCAGCCACUACCCCACCCCCACCACCCCAACCAGAAGAGGCCAGUACACUCAAGAAACUCUCAAUUGAGCUGCCUAAUGAUAGCGUCCCUUUGCCAGAAAUGGGGAGAAAAGACUCAGUGUGGUCACUGGGAGAGGGCCAGGCCCCAGAGGACCUGGAUAAGCCUGUUGACACCCCACCACUAUCCACCCUGUUGAUUGAGAGCCCCCAGAGUGCCUCUGUUGGUGUGGGUGGAGAUAUAACCUUUAUUGCCAAAGUGGAGGCCAAAGAUCUCCUCCGCAAACCUGCUGUCAAAUGGUUCAAAGGAAAAUGGAUGGACCUGGCCAGCAAGACAGGAAAGCACUUACAGCUAAAGGAGACCUUUGAGCGCCAAACCAAGAUCCAUACAUUUGAGAUGCAUAUCAUCAAAGCCAAAGACAACUAUGCUGGAACCUACAGGUGUGAAGUCACCUACAAGGACAAGUUUGAUAGCUGUUCCUUUGACUUGGAAGUUAAAGAAGCUGGACAGGGCUCACAGAAUAUUGAUAUUCGAUCAGCUUUCAAAAGAAGCAGUGAAGGACAAGAGGAUGCAGGAGAGCUUGACUUUAGUGGUCUUCUUAAACAUAGGGAGCAUAAACAGCAGGACGAAGGCCCUGACGUCGAUGUGUGGGAGAUCCUGAAGAAUGCAAGACCAGAUGAGUAUGAGAAGAUUGCCUUUACGUAUGGUAUCACAGAUCUGAGAGGUCUGCUGAGGAGGAUGAAGAAGAUCCCAAAAGAGGAGAAGAAGAGCGAAGCUUUUGCAAAGAAACUGGAACCAGCGUAUCAGGCGGAUAAAGGUGGCAAGAUCCGCUUGGUGGUUGAUCUGGCCGACCCAACAGUUGAACUGAAGUGGUACAAGAAUGGACAAGAAAUCAGACCCACUCCCAAUCAGAGGAAGUACAUUUUUGAGCAUAAGGGCACACAAAGAAUUAUGGUCAUCAACAACUGCACCAUGAAUGACGACGCAGCUUAUUCUGUGGCUGCAGGAGAUGAGAAAUGUUCCACAGAGCUGUUCGUGAAAGAGUUGCCAGUUAAAAUAGUAAAAGGCAUUGAAGCGGUGAAGACCACAGUGAAUGAGAGGAUUGAGCUGGAGUGUGAAGUGUCGGAGGAGGGUGCUCAAGUCAAAUGGAUGAAGAAUGGUGUGGAGGUUCCAACAGGAGUACGCUCCAGAUACAGAGUUAAGAGUGAAGGGACAAAACACUUCUUAGUAAUUGAUGAUGCUUCCAGGGAAGACACUGGGACGUACUCCAUCAUGGCUUCUGGUGGCACAUCUGAGGCUCAUGUACAGGUUGAUUUGAAACCACUGAAAAUUUACCAGGACCUACAGGAUAUUAAAGUGAUGCUGGGUCAACCCCUCAAGUUGCACUGUGAGAUUUACCCAGGCAAUGUUCCAGGUCGCUGGUACAGGAAUGGACAACUGAUCCAGCCCAAUGACCGCAUCAACAUCAUCCACAGAAACAAGAUCCAUCGUCUUGAAAUUGAGACCAGCUCCCUCCAUGAUACAGGAGAUUACACUUUCGUACCUGAAGGAUAUUCUCAGAGCCUUUCUGCAAAAGUUCACAUCAUCGAUCCACCAAGAGUGCACUUGGAUAGCUUGAACUUCCCGGACAACACUGUGACAAUUGUGGCUGGAAACAAACUUCGCUUGGAGGUCCCCAUCAGUGGAGAGCCAGCCCCCAGGGUGGUGUGGAUGAAGGGGGAAAGGGUCAUUCUUGAGUCUGGUCAUCGUGUCCGAGCUGAAACGUACGGCGACCAGACAAGCCUGACGAUUGACGUCACUGAGCGGGAGGACAGUGGUAACUACAAGAUAGUCCUGCAGAAUGAGGCUGGUGAGGACACAGCCAGUGUCAAAAUCAAGGUUGUUGACAUCCCUGACCCCCCAGAGGCUCCCUUGGUCCCAGAGGUGGGUGGAGAUUGGUGCUCUAUGACAUGGGAGCCCCCAAAAUAUGACGGCGGUUCGCCAAUAUUAGGGUACUUCAUUGAGAGAAAGAAGAAACAAAGCUCUAGAUGGAUGAGACUGAACUUUGACCUGAUCAAAGAAACAGCAUUCGAACCCAAGAAGAUGAUUGAAGGAGUUCCAUAUGAAGUGCGAAUCUUUGCAGUCAAUGCCAUUGGUGUGUCAAAGCCCAGUGAACCGUCCAAAGCCUUCACUCCUCUUGCUGUGACCAGCGAGCCCACCAUGCUUGUCGUUGAUGAUGUCACCGACACCACUGUGACUGUGAAGUGGCGUCCUCCCGAGACCAUCGGAGCAGCGGGUCUGGAUGGAUACUUAGUGGAGUACUGCAUAGAGGGAGCUAAUGAUUGGAUAGUAUCCAACAAGGAACUGACGGAGAAGACCAAGUACACUAUCACUGGGCUGACUCCAGGAUCUAAAAUCUUAGUUCGAGUUAGAGCCAUCAAUGCUGCUGGAGCCAGCUCUCCUCGGACCCUCCAGCACUCCAUCUUGGUCAAAGAAGUUAUUGAGCCACCCAAAAUCCGAGUCCCCCGACACUUGAAGCAGACGUAUACUCGAAGAGUUGGCGAGGCAGUCAACCUUGUAGUGCCAUUCAUGGGCAAACCCAGGCCAAAGGUCACCUGGCUUAAAGAGGGCCAGCCCAUUGAGCCAACGCACGUCAGCAUCCGCAACACAGACUGUGACAGCAUCAUCUUCAUCCGUAAAGCAGAACGCAGCCACUCUGGGAAGUAUGAGAUGACUGUGCAGGUUGAAAACCAUGUGGACACAGCCAUUAUUGACAUUCAGAUUGUAGACCUACCUGGGCCUCCUCAGUGUGUGACGAUUGAAGAUGUCUGGGGGGGUAACGUCGCUCUGGUCUGGACUCCUCCAAAAGACAAUGGCAACGCUCCAAUCACAGGCUACACCAUUCAAAAAGCAGACAAGAAGACAAUGGAAUGGUACACAUGCAUUGAGCACUACCAUCGCACCUGUAUCACCAUCACAGAACUGGUGGUCGGGAAUGAGUAUUUCUUCAGGAUCUACUCGGAGAAUAUGUGUGGCUUAAGUGAAGCUGCCACCCAAACCAAGAAUAGUGCCCUAAUCGUGAAAGAAGGCAUGCAGGUGAAAACACACAACUUCGAUGACCACGACUUCAAGGAGGCGCCAAAGUUCACGCAGCCACUGAUCAACACGUUUGCCAUUGCUGGUUACAAUGCUACUCUCAAUUGUAGUGUUCGUGCCAACCCAAGGGCAAAAGUGAUCUGGAUGAAGAACAAGAUCACCAUCCUUGACGACCCACGCUACCGUAUGUUUAGCAACCAGGGAGUAUGUACUCUGGAGAUCAGGAAGCCCAGCCCUUAUGACGGUGGCAUGUACACCUGCAAGGCCAUCAAUGACCUGGGAGAGGCCCAAGUGGACUGCAAGCUGGAAAUCAAAGUCCAAACUCAAGAAUUGUGAAUGUAUGUUCUCACAUAAGGAGGCUUCACCUUCUACGAACUCAUGCAACGCGGAGUGCCCCUACACCUGAUCGACAAGUACAUGAACGAGCACAAGAUUGUCGAGCAGGAGAAGUAAAAAUUGGACAGAGUGAAAUGAGACACUUUAGCUUUGCAGACAACUGCCCCCAAAAAUUGACCCUUUUUCUCUCACCUACGGAGGUCAGCGGCCUGAGAAUGGAUUGGACGGAUGAUGGAGGGGUGUGUGGGUGUGGGGGAGGGGUGUACUGUUCUGUGGUGUGGCAUGCUGUGUGCAGUUUUGGAGCUAGUAUUCAUAGAUUAAAAAAAAAAAUCUACUUCUUUGUCACCCUUUGUUUUAAGACUCUGUUUCAGCUCAGACGCAUGUCAGCAGUGUGCUGGUUCUCUCUUUGACAAGUACAUGUUGUGUGUAAAAAAAAAACAUUCAGUAUAACAGUAACAUAAAAAUGCAGUAUUUUCAUGUUUAUAGUUGGGAGUGUCUGUUAAAGAUGGUGAUUUAUUUCUGGAGGUGCAAAAGAAAAGAACAAAGAAUGUAUAAACUAAGGUUGAGUGUUCGUGACAUGUCAGAACUUAUAAAUUGCAAGAAAAAGAAACAUGCACAUCUAAAUGUUGGAUGUACGAAUGUGUGAACCCUCAGAGAAACUCACAUAAUAGUUUAUUUCACCUGUUUUCUGUGUAGGUUAUUCAUGUCUAAUAAGUAAGGGGUGGAGAUGUUACAAGCAGUCCAUACCCUGCAUGAAAAAUUGUGCUUUUUGGAUUCAUGCUGGACUUGAGGUUUCAUUGAUGCCCAUUCAUGUGCAUGCCUUUGUAAUUGUCACCCAUGAGUUGCAAUAAAAAUUAACGUAAAAGUAA